AUGGCCGAAGACCAGAAGACAUAUCGCGGUGCUAAUCAUCUCAAAUCUCCCGGCUUGCCGAAUGCUUCUCCUCUCCGUAAUCAAGUUUCCUUCGAAGAGAACAACAACUCAUAUGCAAGCAACAACAGACCUUCCCCGAUCCGCUCCUACCGCCGCCCGAUCUCGUCGCUCAGCCAUUCGCGCUCCGGAUCCGUCCUCGACCACGCCCCCGAUAUCCCCCCGCCACAGACGGAUGCACCGCCGUACAUGCAUUCGCGGUCGCCGUCAUCUCUAUCGCGCCAUUCGCCCACUCGCUCAUGGACGCCGUCCCGUGCUUCGACCGGAGAUUGGACCCGUCCGCCCGCAUCGAACGUGCCAUAUGAACCGGUCGACAUCAACGGCAGCCCCAGGCCCGGCACGCCAUCUUCGCACUAUGGCGGCAGCCCGAAACGGCCGUUGCCGCCCGCGCCAUUGUUUGCGGGAGGUAGGCCGAUCUCAAGAGAUUCUGCGAGUGGUGUCGACAUGACCACGAUCCCGAUCAACGACGGUGACGACCCGUUCGGUUCGUCGAUCGGCGGGACUAGAACUCGUCCGGAUCUCACCAACAGAGAAUCUUUCAUGUCAGAAGACACAUUCACAUCGGACAGCUACCCGGAGAAGGAGUUCGCUGAGAACUAUGGACCGGCGCCUGACGGAGCUCAAACUCGGCGCGGCGCGAGAGAGGCUCUGAUGACCAAGAAAGAAGUACGCCUUGUCAACGGUGAACUGAUUCUUGAGUGCAAGAUCCCAACCAUCCUAUACAGCUUCCUUCCCCAGCGCAGCGAGGUUGAGUUUACUCACAUGCGCUACACCGCCGUGACCUGCGAUCCGGAUGAUUUCGUCGACAAAGGUUAUAAGCUGCGACAGAACUUCGGAACGACACUACGAGAAACAGAGCUGUUCAUCUGCGUGACCAUGUACAACGAAGACGAGAUCGGCUUCACGCGCACGAUGCACGGGAUUAUGCGCAACAUUAGCCACUUCUGCUCGAGACAGAAGAGUCGAACGUGGGGUAAAGACGGGUGGCAGAAGAUCGUCGUCUGCGUCGUUGCGGAUGGCCGUGCGAAUGUCCAUCCGAGGACACUCGACGCACUGGCUGCGAUGGGAGUCUACCAGAACGGAAUUGCGAAAAACACCGUUAAUGAUAAGGAAGUUACUGCGCAUGUAUACGAAUACACGACGCAAGUCUCCUUGGACGGCGACCUGAAGUUCAAAGGUGCCGAAAAGGGCAUCGUUCCAUGCCAGAUGAUCUUCUGCCUCAAAGAACGCAACGAGAAGAAACUCAAUUCCCAUCGCUGGUUCUUCAACGCUUUCGGCCGCUCCCUGAACCCCAACGUCUGCAUUCUCCUCGACGUCGGCACCAAGCCGGCUAACACCGCGCUCUACCAUCUGUGGAAGGCCUUCGACACCGACUCGAACGUCGCCGGUGCCGCAGGGGAGAUCGUAGCCGGGAAAGGCAAAGGAUGGCUCGGUCUUUUGAAUCCUCUGGUCGCGUCGCAGAACUUCGAGUACAAGAUGUCAAAUAUCCUCGACAAGCCGCUCGAGUCGGUGUUCGGGUACAUCACGGUCCUUCCGGGUGCGCUGAGUGCAUAUCGAUACCACGCCUUGCAGAACGACGAGACGGGGCAUGGGCCGCUCAGUCAGUACUUCAAGGGCGAGACCCUGCAUGGACAGGAUGCGGAUGUCUUCACCGCCAACAUGUAUCUUGCGGAAGAUCGUAUUCUCUGUUGGGAGCUGGUCGCGAAGCGGAAUGAGAGAUGGGUGUUGAAGUAUGUUCGGAGUGCGAAAGGCGAGACGGACGUGCCAGAUGCCGUUCCUGAAUUUAUUUCUCAGAGAAGACGCUGGUUGAAUGGCGCGUUCUUCGCCGCGGUGUACUCCCUCCUCCAUUUCAAGCAGAUCUGGAGGACGGAUCAUUCGGUCUGGCGCAAAAUCCUUUUGCAUAUCGAAUUCGUCUACCAGGCAAUUCAACUCGUCUUCACAUACCUAUCACUAGCAAACUUCUACCUCACCUUCUACUUCAUUGCUGGAUCCCUCGGAGAUCCAGAGAUGGACCCGUUUGGUCAUGGGAUUGGAAAAAUCAUCUUUUUCAUCCUCCGCUACACGACCAUCCUCCUAAUCUGCACGCAGUUCAUCUUGUCGAUGGGAAAUCGACCGCAAGGAGCCAAGCGCAUGUUCCUCGCGUCGAUGGUCAUCUACUCCAUCGUCAUGGCAUACACGACGUUCGCCAGUCUCUACAUCGUCAUCAAGCAGCUAAAAAACGCUGAUUCAACCUUGGGAAUAGGCAACAACCUCUUCACCAACCUCGUCGUCUCCACCCUCUCCACCAUCGGCCUCUACUUCAUCAUGUCCUUCCUCUACCUCGACCCCUGGCAUAUGUUCACCUCCUCCGCGCAGUACUUCGCUCUCCUCCCCAGCUACCUCUGCACCCUGCAAGUUUACGCCUUCUGCAACGCCCACGACGUCACCUGGGGCACCAAAGGCGACAACAUCAGCCGCACAAAUCUCGGCUCCGCGCGCGGCACCGGAAAAAACAACGUCGUCGAGGUCGAGAUGCCCUCGGAGCAACUCGACAUCGACUCCUGCUACGACGAAGCGCUCCGCAACCUCCGCGACCGCCUCGAGGUCGCCAAGCCCGGCAUCAGCGACGUCCAGGCUCAGGAGGACUACUACCGUGCAGUGCGCACCUACAUGGUGCUCGUGUGGUUGUGCGCCAACGCCAUCCUCGCCAUGGCCGUCAGCGAGGCGUACAGCAGCACACACGUCGCGAACAACUACUACCUCACCGCCAUCCUGUGGGCGGUGGCGGCACUAGCGCUAUUCCGCGCGGUCGGCAGCUCGGCGUUCGGGGUCAUCAAUGUUAUUCAUUCCAUCGCGGAGGGGAAGAUGAAGUGGUCAAGUCAGUGGGAGGAGUCGUCGAGGGGUUAUGGGCGGUCGUCGACGACGGGGAGUGGGGUCAGUGGGGGGGCGGCGUGGUUGAGAGGGAGGGGGUGGGGGAUCGGGGGGAAGCUGAGCUUUUUGAAUCCGAGGACGUGGGGGGGUGCGGUGGGAAAGGCGUGA